AUGGUCCCAACAUGUCUUUGGAGGAAGAUGAAGGCCCGGGCUCCACCUCCUCCUGGGAAGUCUGAUAGUGUGGAUAUUCAUGAGGAACGGAAACCUAGCAGUGAUUCGGGCCUCAGCCCUCAGGAGAACCGUAUUGACAUGAAAGAAAGUCUGCAGAACAGUAUGGUGGAUAUCACGGUAGUUCUUCCCGGUGGGCUGGAAAAGAAGAGUGUGGUCAAUGGGAGCCAUGCAAUGAUAGACCUACUGGUUGAACUUUGCCUUCAGAACCACCUGAAUCCAUCCCACCAUGCACUUGAGAUCCGGUCUUUGGAAACCCAACAACCUUUGAGUUUUAAGCCAAACACCUUGGUUGGGACCCUAAAUGUACACACCGUGUUUCUGAAAGAAAAAGUUCCUGAAGAGAAGCCUAAACCUGGGCCACCAAAGGUGCCUGAGAAAUCUGUGCGUUUGGUCGUAAAUUACCUGAGAACACAGAAAGCUGUUGUACGUGUGAGCCCUGAGGUACCUCUCCAGAAUAUUCUGCCAGUCAUUUGUGCAAAAUGUGAAGUCAGCCCAGAACAUGUCAUUCUCCUCCGGGAUAACAUUGCUGGGGAGGAGCUGGAGCUGUCCAAGUCCCUGAAUGAGUUGGGGAUAAAGGAACUCUACGCAUGGGACAAUAAGAGAGAAACCUCUAGAAAAUCAUCACUUGGAGAUGAUGAAACAGAUAAGGAGAAGAAAAAAUUCCUGGGAUUCUUCAAAGUUAAUAAACGAAGCAAUAGUAAGGGCUGCCUGACAACUCCAAACUCCCCGUCUGUGAAUUCACGUUCCAUUACACGGGGUCCAUCCCUCUCACUCAGCAACAUCUCAGGGGUGUCUAUGAAGUCAGAUAUGAAGAAGCGCCGAGCACCUCCUCCUCCCUCCGUGCCAAGCACAGAGUCACCAGUGCAAGAAAGGGCCUCAGAAAAGGUUUCUCUGGGGUCCCAGAUUGAUUUACAGAAGAAGAAGAGACGCGCACCCGCUCCUCCUCCACCACAGCCACCACUGACAAGUCCCCUGGUACCCAAUCGCAUGGAGGACCGGGAAGAAAACAGGAAGAGCAUGAUGGUGAGCCUGCCUCUGGGGCCCAGUGGCAAUUGCACAGUGGAUGGUAGCCCGCUGGCACUCUCUGAGACUGAGGAGACGGUGUCUGUGGGUAGCUGCUUUACAUCUGAGGACACAACAGAAGACUCUGGAGUAAUGAGCUCCCCUUCAGACAUUACCUCCUUGGAUUCACAACAUGACAGCAUGAGGUCCAAAGACAAGUGGGCCACUGACCAGGAAGACUGCAGCGACCAAGAUCAAACUGGAACCCCAGAACUAGGUCCCAAAAAGAGCCCUUCUUGGAAGAAGAAUGGCUCUGGGCACUCCUCACAUCAAAGAACUGAAAAAGCUACUAUAGCCUCAAAGGAUGAUGAAGACCUCUUCAUUACUGGACAGUUCCAGAAAACCCUCACAGAACUUGAUGAAGAUCUGGAAGAAAUGGAAGACAGUUACGAAACAGACACCAGCUCUCUAACCAACUCUCUAAAUGAUGUUUCCAGCUUCUUGAAACACAAUGCCAUAAUCACUCGCAACAAUGAGGAUACAAUCCCAGUGACAUUCAUCGGGGAAGUUUUAGAUGAUCCCAUUGAUCCGGGGCUGCUUUCUAACAGAAACAACAAUGCAGGUUCUCUUGACAAGGGAAGCAUUUCCACCAGAAGUGUCCAACUGCCACCAUUCCAGACUGAAGACAGUCAGCCUCUUGGAAAGAAGACGGAGAAAGUGCCUAAAUCAUAUAUCCCUUCCCAGGAAACCGAAAAAGAAGCCAGACUGGGUUUAUCCAGCACCCGUAAAGACAUGAAUUCAAUUCAAAUUGCACCUAAGAUGACUACUUCUGUCUCGAAGUUGCACAGAGGUGCCCCAAAAGCACAAGGAGAAAACCAGGCAUGUAACUGGGCCUCCAGUGAAAAGACUCAGGCUGCCCCGAGAGGGAGCUCACAGCCAGUAAGUAGAAAGGAAGGCAGUGAUAAAAAUGAGGUAACGCCACCGCCAUCAUGGUGUCAACGAGGCCAAAACCCAGGGAGUAGUUACGGACUUAAGAAUGGCCUCACCACGUAUAAGAUUGUCCCUCCAAAAUCAGAGAUGAAGUGUUAUGACCGAGGAGUGUCCCUCUCAACAGGCGCCAUCAAGAUUGACGAGUUGGGGAAUCUUGUGAACCCCCACAUGAAUGGCAGUAAGACCACAUCUCUGUCACCAUCCAGUCUGGAAACAGAGGUUCAGCCCAUUGGAAAAGUCAAAGAAUUCUGGAGGUCCAACUCCAUGGGAAAACAUUCUAAUGUGUCCACAGAGUGCUUGGCGAAAAAGACCAGCAGCACCCUGCCAGCUAACCCCAACAAUCCAGGAAGCAGACUCAGAGCAGAACCCACCGCACCAGGCACCUCCUCGCCCCAGAAGCACCCUGGUACCCAAAAAGAUGAGAGACAUCCUGAGGAAGAGAGAAGUCAGCAACAAGGGCCUGCAGCUCCCACCACAGAAAUCUCUUUUAUCAAGCCCCAGAGAAGAACUUCCAGCCAGUAUAUGGCCUCGGCUAUUGCCAAGCGGAUAGGAGCCCCCAAAGCCCACUCUGACUUGGUGACAAAGCACAGUGAUACAGAGAAAAGUUACGAAGACAGAGAGCUAAAACCCGCUGGACACCAUCUUGUUACAAAAGAUGAUCUAACCCCCAGCCUUUGCUCAGAGACACCAAUAUGUAAAGAUUCAAAGCAGCCCAGCUUUACCUUCCCCAGUAGUAACCGGGAGGAAUCAGCAGUGGGCACUCAUUCAAGAACAAACAUCAUUAGUGCCUAUGGAAAGCCCUCUGCUCAAGAUUGUUCUGCUGGUAUCCCCAAAAGAUCCGGUGCCCCACUAAUAAAAAUGUCCCAGAGGAAUCAUGUUUCUGUGGGACAGCGCUGUGGCUUUGGUGGAAAGCAAAGUACUGGGAACCAGAACACCAACUCAGUGUCUGAACCACAGUACACGCCGGACAGUACCGACUCUCCACCUUCCCGCUCAACAGACCAUCAUGCCUUCCCCAGGGCUUUGGUGAAUGGCUCAAAGUGGCCCCCGGUCAGCAGCAAGUCUCCUCACUCUCUGAAAGUGUCCACCAUGAACAACCACAUGGUUCGAGAAAGGGAGCAAAAACCCAAUACAGUAACUGCAGAUGCACAUGAAACAGAGGAAACUUUAACACCCAGCAUUUUUGGGCCAAAGAAAAAAUUCAAACCUGUUGUCCAGAGGCCAGCACCAAAAGACAUGUCCCUGCACAGUGCUCUAAUGGAAGCCAUCCACUCAGCAGGAGGAAAGGAAAAACUGCGCAAAACUGCAGAGCACACUUCAGAGAGAGGAUCGAAGAAACUGUCCUACACAGAAGGUGAGAGUGAGCGGUCGGCACUGCUGGCUGCCAUCCGUGGACACAAUGGUGCCUGCAGCCUGAAGAAGGUGUCAUCCUUUGCCUCUGAGGAACUGCAGAGCCUCCGAGACGCUGAACUCUCUGCACACGGGUCAGAAAUCCCUCAGCAAGACAGUCUCUGUGUACCACUCCCGCCGCCUCCCCCACCUCCUGCUGCCCCAGCUCCUUCUAUGCCCAGGCCAGCCUCCAAAUUCACUGCGGGCACACUCGACAACCCUGUGGAUGCCAGGCAAGCCUUGAUGGAUGCCAUCCGCUCCGGCAUGGGGGCCGCGAGAUUGAAAAAGGUACCCUUGCUUGUAUGA